AUGAGCGGCCUGGAAAAGUCGCUAUUUCAGCUUAAAUUCACGGCCAAAUCGCUUCAGCGCCAGGCGAACAAGGCCAGCCGCGAUGAGGUGACGGAGAAGGCCAAGCUCAAAAAGGCCCUCGCUCAGGGCAACACGGAAGGCGCGCGGAUUUACGCGUCCAAUUCUAUUAGGAAAAAGAACGAAUCGCUGAAUCUCCUGCGGCUCAGCAGCCGCAUCGAUGCGGUGGCAAGUCGUGUGGAAACAGCUGUGUCCAUGCGCCAGGUAACGGGCAGCAUGUCGUCCGUUGUCAAAGGCCUCGACAAGGCGAUGCAGUCGAUGGACCUGGAGCGCGUGCGUACCGGUCGCUCACACCAGAUUUCGCUUGUGAUGGACAAAUUCGAGAACCAGCUCGAGGACGUUGACGUACAGACCUCCUAUAUGGAGACGACUAUGAACUCGACGACGGCCCAGGGCAUGCCACAGGACCAGGUUGACCUGCUUAUGCAGCAAGUUGCGGAUGAGAAUGGCAUUGAGGUCCAUCAGCAGCUAGGUGAGGCCGGUCUGGCCGGUAAGGUAUCAGAUCUGCCCGCUGAGAGGAUUGCACGCCGCGCUGCCCCCACAGCCGACCAGGACGAGGCGCUGGCGCAACGGCUGCGCGCGCUGCGGCCAGCGACCUAG